GGGAAUGAUGGCUCACCCUGGAAGAAGAGGAUACGAUAACCGGGAGAUAGUGAUGAAAUACAUUCAUUAUAAGCUGUCACAGAGGGGGUACGAGUGGGAUGCUGGAGAUCUGAGGGCACCAGCCUCUCCAAGUCUUCCUCCUGUUGUUGCUUCUGCCCCUGCUGUUGGAAUCUUCUCUACUCAGCCACGAAACACACCAUUGCCUGCUGAACCCCAGGACUCGGCCACUUCUACUACUGCUGCUGCUAGAAACUCACCUUUGCCUCUUCCUCCUCCUGCUGUUGCUGCUGCUGCUGCUGCUGCUGCUGCUGCUGCUGGACCUACUGUCAGUCCAGUGCCACCUGUGGUCCACCUGACUCUUAGACAAGCUGGAGAUGAUUUCUCUCGAAGAUACCGGAGAGACUUUGAUGAAAUGUCAGGUCAGCUGCACCUGACCCCUGUUACUGCUAGGGGACGCUUUGCCACAGUGGUAGAGGAGCUGUUCAGGGAUGGGGUAAACUGGGGGAGGAUCGUGGCCUUCUUUGAGUUUGGUGGUGUUAUGUGUGUGGAGAGCGUCAACCGGGAGAUGUCGCCCCUGGUGGACAGCAUUGCCCUAUGGAUGACUGAAUACCUGAACCGGCACCUGCACACUUGGAUCCAGGAUAACGGAGGAUGGGAUGCCUUUGUGGAAUUGUAUGGCAACAGCAUGAGGCCUUUGUUUGAUUUCUCCUGGCUGUCUCUGAAGACUCUUCUCAGCCUGGCUCUGGUGGGAGCUUGUGUCACUCUUGGUGCCUACCUGGGACACAAAUGAAUCAGCAUCCAUGCAGUGGAUUGAUAUGCAAAAGGCUCACUAAACUGUAGAAAUAGUAUGCAUUUUUUUCAAUGAUAGGUGAUCAAAUUUGGGCAUGAUCUCUCUUUAAAAAAGAAAAAAUAUUGGAGAACAAAACUUCUGGGCAAAAUAUUAAAUCAGCUAUUUACUGCCAAAGGGAAAUAUCAUUUAUUUUUACAUUAUUAAAAAAAUUUAUUUAUUUAAGACAUUUACAUUUAACCUCCUGUCUUCAGAAACUCUGCCGCUUACAGCCAAGUACCACU